GUUGAAAAUAUUUGGCAAAUAUAUCAACAAAAGCUAAAAUAUUAAUAAAAUAAUUCUCGCCUAAUUGUAAAAAUGAACAUAAUACGUAUUAAAUUAUUGAUUUUAAAUAUCAAUUCAUAAAUCUAUCUUUACAAACAAUACUAAAAUAAGACGUGUUCUGGGAAAUAAAUUAUAAUCCUAUGGCAGUAAAAUGCAUGGAACCCAGAGAGUUAUCAUAUUUUGCCUUCUAACAACAGUCCUACCAGCAAUUCUCAUAAUAUCACCACUUUACCUACGUAAUAUUAAAUAUGCAGAUGUUAUGUACAGAAUAUCUGAUUCAGAUGUUAUACAGAUACAUAAAGGACAAUCCUCUAUAUUUUGUCAAAAACAUUCCUUAAAAAUGAACAGUAGCUUCAAUGCAUUCCAAAUGAAAGGCAGACCUAAUUUAACAAAAAAGAGGCGACACAUAAAAUUAAGAAAAUCAAUGACAUUACCCGAUGAUACUCUUGAAUAUUGGGGAUUUUAUCUUUUUGCUGGAGCAUCAGUAGAGUUAAAAGGGUGUUCUAGAUAUGAAGGAUCUAAAAUUUUAGUUGUUAAAGGUGAUAAAAUAUUAAAUACUUGUGGUAUUUUAGAGGGUGAUAAAUAUAAAAGAGAUCCAUUACUUGUGGGUAAAAAUCACCAUGUCUCAGUAACAGUGGAAAGACCUACGAGUAAGAAACGAGAAGUAAUGCAAAACAAAAAUGAAAUUUGGCAUAAUAAUAAUAUGUCAGAUGAGAUUAUAAGAAAACAAACAAAACAUAAAAGAGAUGUUGUUAAUCCAUCUCUGCAUAACCCUAAUACAAUAUUAGAUACAGGUGUUAAUCAUGGAGGAAAUGCUUUUAAUAUUACCACUAAUUCGGCAGAAGAUAAAUCAGUUUCCAGUUUUGAAACUAAUUUAUAUGAAUGUUACAAUGAUAACAUAUUAAUGAAUGAAUUCUUCCCUUAUUCAAUUCAUUGCAAUAACACAAAGUAUUUAGAAGAUCUUACUACCCUUAAAGUUGACCAUACUGUAACAUCUGAUGGAUAUUACUAUUAUAUAUUUUAUAGUGAUAAUGAUUUUGUUAAUAAUGAUAUUCAUGCCAUUUUUGAUAUUUACAAACCAACAUUCCAAUACUCUAAUAUAUCAGAUUCUAAGAUGUGCUUAAAUCAGACAGAAUGUGAAUUUAAUAUUAAUAUGUUCAGUGAUGAACUUGUUAUAGUCGAAGUCCCAACUAAGGAUGGGUUAAAUAAUAAUGAUGACUCAUUUAUUUUAAUGUCUGUAUGUCAUCCUCGAAUAUCUGUCUACAUUUUUUUUCCUGUAUCUGUUCUUCUUUUAAUUCUACUAUUUGCAUUUUUAUGAUAUAUCUUGUUGAUGAUACUCUAUAUUACAUUUAUAAAAAUAAAUAUAACCAGAAGUGUGAUAUUAAUUUAUUAAAAAAAAAUAGCUGUAGGUUAGUUUUUAUUUAUUAUAAGACUGUGAUGAUAUUUUGCCUGGCAUCUGUUUAAUUGUUGUAGAUUAAGAAAGAGUUACAUAAUAUAAAUAUCCACCUAUUACUUA